AUGGCUGCUGCUGAAGGAGUUUGUCCCUUUCCUCUUCCUCCAUCGCAGUAUUUCAAACUGUAUACUGACGAAAAUGUGGAGAAUAAAACAGCUCCUGAUCCACCACCUACACUAAAGGGGACUUACUCAAUGUUUGGGGCUUCUUUCGAGGUAAACUGACGUAGACUUGAUAAGUAACAUCUAAGUUGAUCUCCUUUUUAAGUUCGCAAAGUGAAAUUAAACCCAGAGAUUAAACGAUAAUAAGAUGUUUUAUACUACAACAUGAAAAAUUUCUGCAAUUUGAGUGGUUAAGAGCAGUGGUAUUUUAGCUUAAUUUGAAAUACCUACAUGUGAAAAUUACAAAACCUUUGCGUGCAGUAGUAUAAACAAAUAAUAGCAUGAAUUGCACGCGAUAUUUCAAAAUUGUCUCAAAUUUCACUCGCCUAACGGCUCGUGAAAUUUCGUGUAACAAUUUUGAAGUAUCACUCGUGGUAUUUAUGCCAAACAGGGUUCGCAAAUACGCCAAAUUUGGCGUAUUUUACGCCAAAAUUGUUCAGAUGACUCCACGGAGGUUACGGAGGGAGUCACUUCGACUCCAGAAAUUUUCGCUAAGAAACAGGGAGCCACUUGGACUCCAGAAAUUUGCGGUAACAAGCACAGUUUUGUCCUUACCUUUUUCACAUCAAAUACAAUUCACGUUAAUUGUAAACGUUGUAAACCUUCAUUAAAUCAUCGAAAUUAAAGAAUUAUACUGCACGACAAAACAGGAAGUCAAGAGGGUAAAUUACGAUCAAAGUUUACUUGAUGACCGCCAUCAUGGAUUUGAGCUUUCCAGGUCAGCGGACCGCCACAGCUACUUCGUGUAUCCCUCACGAUAGUGUAUACAUGCCAGGACCGCGUGCUGGAAAGUCUGAAAAUGGCUUUUUUCGUUGUGGUACUUGACUCCAAAUAUUCCAAAAUGACUCCAAAAUUUGUGAAGCAGAAGUCACAAUGACUCCACUCAUCAAUAAAAUUUGCAAACCCUGGCCAAAUAUCACUACAAAUCAUGCUAUUAGCUGUACAAACGGCUAAAAUUCAAUUUUUUACUUUUCUCAUGAAGGUCACUGAUGUAGUUAUUAGUUUGUUGUGUUUCUCAAAUUAUUAUGAAAGUCCAUCUUCAUGAAAAAAUUAAUGCCUAUAAACACAAGCUUAUUGCAGGCCUUUUCUCUUUUAAUUUCCCUUGCCUUUUAGACUGAGGAAUCCAUUAUUCGACCUUUAGAACUACAGGGAAUAACUCGACUUUACACAAAGCAAGGCAGAUUUGGUAUGUGAUUAAAUCUUUUGCUGAUGAAUUUGUUUGGUUAUUUUUUGCAACUGUUAGGCUGUUGUUGAUUGAUUGUUGUGGAUGUCAUCAUCAUCCUCAUCAUCAUCCUCACCAUCAUUGUUGUCGUCUUCACCAUUUCAUUUAAACCCCUGGGCUGGGUUGUUCAAAGCAGGGUCAAGAUAACCCAGGGUUAGGGACAAAUUUGAAUUCAGAUUUGAAAGCAUUUCAUUCAAACUGAGUUUAAUUCUUCUGGUAGUCGAAACUCUGAUGAUCGGAUGCUCUAAAAGUAAAGAGAAAAUUAUCCAAGAAGAUACUUUUAAACAAAGGAGAGAGAAACCUGUGUUAAAAUUUAACCCUGGGUUAAUGCAAAUUGGUCUUCGAACAACUGAGCCCUUGUUUAUACCAAUGAUUUCUUUUCCUUGUAGAUAGAAUAAAAGAACUGAAGAAACUUAAUCAUUCUAUUGUUAUCAACUUUUUGGAGCUGCUAGACAUCCUAAUUAAGUCACCUUCAUCAUCCAAGGUACCAAAAAAGUCAGUUUCUUUCCAUUGCAGUGAUCCAUGCUUAACUUUUUUUAAAGUCAUCUUAUAUAAUAAUUUAUUUUAUGAACUUGUCACCAAACCUAAAGUAUUGGUUGCCAGAAAGGGGCAACCAAUACCGUAAAUAAACUCUAAAUACCAUGAAUAAAUAAAUAAGUAAUAUUUCUUGCAAAGGUAUUUUGAAUGAGCUUAUUAGCUCACUAAAUGAUACCUGCAUAAUAAAAGUAAUUGUAUUGCAUUAUAUCGUUAAUAAAGUUAAGUUGCCAAAUGUUUUCUGGUCCUGGUGACCAAAACGGUCCCAGCUAGGAGCACUGCAUUGUAUUGUAUUGGAAAUGCAGUUAAUAAAUAUUAUUACCUUAUAAAAUUCAAAAUUAUUCUAAUAUCCUACCUUUAACUUUUCAGUGAAGGCAGUUGAGAUAAACAAAAAAAUAGCGUGUUUUCUUGUUAAUCUGUAUUACUCUGCAUAAUUGAAAAGAGCUGAAAAACCCAGUAAGUUAUACAUACCUAUGUAUUAUUUGGAUGUAUUGUUUAUUUUUUUUUCAGAGAGGAGAAAAACUUGAGGAUUUAAAUUUAUUAUUUAUCAAUAUUCAUCACUUGAUCAACGAGCUCAGGCCUCAUCAGGUUUGUAAUAUUAUUUUUUUAUCUUACCGUAAAAACUCGUGUAUAAGCCGCACUCGUGUAUAAGCCGCACCCCCAACUUUCAAGCAUGAUUUUGGAAAAAAAAAAACCAGUGACAUUUUAAAUAAGUUAAUCAACUCUGAAAAUACCUUUUAAAAGGUUCUCUUUAAUCAAUUUCCCCAUUUCCUGCGAAAGACAACAGUUCUCUUCAUUGCUAAAGCCCACAGUUGAAAUGAAAAUGGAACGAUGGAACGAAAAUAAAGCGCUGGAGAAUGCUACAAAACGAUUGCUUAGUAACCACGCGUUUAUUUGACGUUUAUUUGACGUAUGGAAACCAUCGAUCGGGGAAAAGCUUGUUGCUAAACGAGAGUUUAACAACCCAAUGGACAAACACGCCGUGAAAGUAGUGAAGGACGACGAAACGGUCGGCCAUUUGCCUCGCGGAUUCUCUCGAAUAGCGUGGUGUUUUCUUGCACGUAGUGGGGAAAUCAGCGUUGAAGUGACGGUCACAGACGACACUGUAAGCAGCUGUGCGGAGGAAUGGAGAUUCCGUGCCAGUUAGAGUUUAACUGCUCAAACAAAGCGCAGAUGAAACGCUUAAAAGAACUACUGGCGAGCAAGAUUGAGGUAUAGAACCUGCAGAUGCAAACAAAUGGCUCCUUUAGGAGCCACCACUUCUACUGAAAGCAAUGAUCAACGACACGUUUCAAUAUGUUUAAUCUUCAUUUACUGAAGGUUUUCAGUUCAAUUUGUGACCCCUACAAGCCAGUUUACUCCCUUUGAGAGCAAUGGUCUCGUGUAUAAGCCGCACCCGCGAUUUUUGACUCAAAAUUUCGGCAAAAAGGUGCGGCUUAUACACGAGUUUUUACGGUACAUGUAAAAUAUUUUUUAUCGUUAAAACUUGAUGUAGAGGAUAUUACACGGUGGCGCGAAGAUAUGAAUUUUAUUUUCGAGUGGCAAAACAAUAUUUUACGAACGAGCGCAGCAAGUGAGUAAAAUAUUGUUUUUGCCUUGAGAAAAUAAAAUUCAUAUCUUCGAGCCGCCAUGUAAUGUUCUUUUUAUUAUAUAGACAAAAAGACAUCGAUAAAAUAAUAGAGGGAAAUGACCGAAAUUAUGUCAUUGAUAAACUCACGUGUGAGAUUAUGGAAAAUAAACCACUCGGGACCCGGAUGUAGUUUUUAUGAAUUUUACGAGUGGUAUAUUUUCCAGUAAAACAGACAGAUAUGAGGAGGAGAGAGGUUGAUAGAACGAAGUGCACUGUAUUCUUUUGAGUUUUGUUAUAUAUUAUUACUGAAACUGCCUUAAAAAUGUAAGAGCCCAUGGUCUCUCUCCCUGGGACUCAAGGACUGAUGUGACCCAAAAGUGUGGUAAUAAAGGAUGCUCUGCAUGAUAGACAGAUUGAUCUGUUCAACAAAAGUAUGACCAUUUUCCAUGAUCUAUACUCUAAUAAGGCAUAGAAAUAAGGUCAAAGGUGGAAUCAUGGGCUGCAAGCAAGUGGUGUCACUGCAAAGGUUUUGAAUAUUUUGAAGUCAUCUAUCUAGUCCAAAGGAGUUUAUACCAAGCAUUCCAUGGAUUCCAUGGUUUAACUACUGUAAGUUGCUUAGUUUGUAAUAGAAGAGAUGGUUUUAUUUUGUAGUGUUAAGUUGUGCGUCUAUCUCAUUGCAGGCUAGAGAGACAUUAAGAGUCAUGAUGGAAAGACAAAAACAACAGCGACUAGAAACAGCUGACAAAUUAAACAAGUACGUUUUUCCAGUUCUUGGUUACUGUAAAAUCCAUUCUGUUAACAUGGUUCCAGAGAUCAUUGGUUAAUUGGAAACCUAGUUAAAUUAAUGUAUUAGAUCUGCUAUAUGGUAAAAAAUUGACCAUGCUUAUAGAAUCAUUUAUUUAACAUUGUACUCUUAACCUGAACACAAAUUCCAAAAAUGAAGCAAUUUCGUUCCAUGGAAGCCAGGUAAAUAGAGGCCAAAGUUUGUAUCUAAAAGAGCUAUCCUCGAAAUAUUAAUAAUCACUGGGCUGAAAUCCGACACAAUACUUUCAGUUUUUGACAGUGUUGCAGUUUUCACAACCCAACACGUGAUAUUGCCUUAUGAGUUUCAAGUAAGCUAGGGCAAAUUAUAGCAAAAUUCUUUUACAUUCUGCUUCCCCAAAUACAGUGCAGGCCAGAACUAAGCGAACAACGCAGACGCCAAACUGAUGCAAUGGACGCGAUGUUUUCUUCCUCAUUAUUGUUAUGUUAGUUUGGUUUUGAUUGUGUGAAACAUGACUGUUUCCUCGAUUUUUGAAAUAUGUCAUUGAAAUACAUGUAGAUGUACGGAUGUGCAUCAGGUAUUUAAAAAUUUGAGUUUCAAUGGAAAGAGAAAGUUGCGCCUGGCGUAUUGCGUUUUUGUAGCAUGUGCCGCACCGAUCCACCAGUUUGAAGCUUAUUGAUCAUUCACCCACACAUAACACCUCUAAAAGAAGAGUUAGCUCAUACAUACUAAUGAGUCUUAAUGUGCACUGAUGCAUUUCAUAGCAGAUGCGUCUGGUCGUCAGUUCAGACGCAUGGACGCAUCCGGCCUGACGCAAUUGACUCGUCUUUCCCGACGUGUAUUACGCAUAUAUUUUGGUUCGCUUAGUUGUGGCCUGCACUGUAAAGUACAAUAAUCAUUUUUAAAUAAAUUGACACUCAGAUAUCAAUUUUCUGAAAGCUCAGGUCUCCCUUGAUAGCUUUAUGUAAUUUUAUUGGGGAAAUUAUUAAUUUUAUUAGUAUAGGUAAUAUCAUGAUUUGUAGUGAUAUUUGGCAUAAAUACCACAAGUGAUAUUUCGAAAUUGUUAGAAGUAAUUUCACGAGCUGUUAGGCGAGUGAAAUUUGAGACAAUUUUGAAAUAUCACGAGUGUUACUUAUGUCAUAUAUCACGUACAAAUCGUGCUAUUAUUUGUUUUUACUACUACCCGCAAAAGUUUUGUAAUUUUCACAUGACGGUAUUUCAAAUUAAGCUGAAAUACCACCGCUCUAAGCCAAUCAAAUUGCAGAAAUUUCUCAUGUAGUAGUAUAAUUUGAGAAAUAAAUUUUUGAAAUGAACGGCUUUAUAGCAGAUCUAAUACCUUAAGUGAUUUAAAACCAAUACUUUUUGAGUUUCUUUUUAUUAUGUCACUUGUUAAAGAGUACCGUGUUUUGCUGAGUGUUCUUUGACACCUUCAAUCCCAGGGUAAUAAGUGAAGCAAUGAUGUUAUAAUGUACAUUUACUUUUAAGUCUGAAUAAAAUACUUUGGUAUAGCGGUAAAAAUGAAUAUUCUUUUACACAGUCUUUUUUGGGGGGGAGGGGGGGGGUAGAUGAAUAUUAUACUGAUGUAGUGUUUGACUUUCUAUAACCUACAGCUGUGGUAUCUACCUUGAACAAUUUAGGCCGUCCCAUUUUAGACAUGUUUAUAAUUCUUUAUAAAUUCUGGGGGCUGGAUUUCAGGGCUGGACACAAUGCUUGUACCUCUUAAACAAGGAAUCGAAAUCAUGAUAACGCUUCAUUUUUUUCAGACAUUUGGACAGAGUAACUGCAAUGCUGCAGUCAUGUGCUUCUUCCUUACAGUUAGCCUCUUGCCAACAAGACGGUUCAUAUGAACAAAUGGAGGUACAGUACUGAUUGGGAUUUAUUUCAAAAUAUCAAAGAGCUUAAUGGAUAAUGGCUUAAUAGGGUAGGGAGGACUCCCAGUGUCAUUGUCUACAUUGUCAAUAUUCUCUGACGAUGACUACCACACAGGUUGUUGAAAUGUCGCUCGAUGUCAUCAUCUUUCUUUCCCUGGAUCUUAAAUUGCAUAAUUGACUCUUUAAGUAUGAAAAUAGCUAUCAGACUGAGUCUAGUCAUGAAAUUAUUGCAAAUAACAAUCAAAAAAUACUUGAUAUCAUGUCUUUGUCCUUGCAGGUUGAUGAAUCAAAAAAGCAUGGUGCAGAUGAGAUAGAGUUCAGUAGAGAAGAUGAAAUUAUGUGUAGUGUUCUAGAGAAUAUUUCAUAGCUGAAAUAACUCGCCCUCAUUAUCUGGGGACAGUUAUGCAAACUUGAGAAGUAGUCAAGGUUUGUGUAACUUCUUGGUGUUUAUGCCAGGCUAAAUAAACGUUGUCACAACAAAAAAUUUUCUAUUGGUUUUAUAAAUAAUAACUUCAGUUCUCUCAAAAAUACUAUAAAGUAAUCUAAAUUUGAAUUUUAGACAGCAUUACAGCUUUUAUUAUUAUGAUGGCUAGCUAGGAGAAAAUAUGUCCCCAUUUUAUCCCUGUACAAAACAAAACCACACCUCAGCCAGUCUAAGUUGCAUAGUUCCAUAAGUAAAAUAGUAGUGCCAAUAUUGUAUUUAUUAAAAUUGCAUUAUAGUAUAUUCACUUGUAAAUAAAGUUUCAUAUAUUAAACUUUGUUGGAAUGUGUUUAUUCUUGGGAUGACAUUCUAGCAACCUUAAAAGUCUUCUUGUUAGGGCCAUUCAUAUAGGGAAAAGUAAGACACAUCUUAAUAAGACCCAAACUGUGCUAUAUACACAAGGAUAUUGUGUUGCAUAUUAUAAGUUACAUCUUAUGAAAGCUGUGACAUCACUUUGUGCCAUUUUAGACAAGAUGUUUUUGCCUUUCUAUGAGAUACGUCUUAUAUUCCUCCUAUAAAUGGCGCUAUAAUGUUUUGAUUAUUUUUUGUGUCAGUAUAUUUACAUGUAUUAUUAUCGAGUAAAGUAUCGACUACUGUUUAAAAAAGAAAUUAAAAGGAGCAAAUUGAAUUAAAUUGUGAUGUAAAUAGCUAAAUUUUAAAAAUUUAAAAUGAUAUUCAUAAGCUUGUUUUUGGUUUGCAGAUUGGUCAGACUUAAAAACGUGAAGUUUCAGUGUUUAAAAAUAAGUGCAGAAUUUGCAUUAUUUUUACUUCAAGUAAGAUGUUCGAAGAGUUGUGCCAUCCAAUGUUAAUUCUAAAGCUUUUUGUGGGAAAACUGUGUCUAUGAAAUGCAUUGUGUUUCUGUUUUUAUUUCACCCUAAGUAGGAAAUCUUCACUUUGGAUUUAACUACCAAAAUUAAGUUAAAGUUCAAGAGUUGGUUGACUGUAGCCUAAGUAUCAGAGGCCUUCCUUUAGAGACACCCCUGCCCACACCCCACUUCCCUCUUCCCCUUUCCCCCCCAAAACCUGAUACUCAGACUUGAUUGACUGGGCCUAACAUUUGCUGUUGCAGGUUCCAUUCCCUUGAUUUGCUUUUUUCGCCUCAUUCCCAUCAGGAAGGCCCUGUUUGCAGUUUACACCAAAACAGUGACAACUAGUUGGCACAAACCCCACUUGCUCUCGGGUUAUCCCCACCUACUUAACCCCCCAAAGAAGUAAAUAAAUACAGGGAAAAUCUAAAGAAGAGAAACUGAUAUAAGCCAGGCUCCUCCCCUAACUUGUGGGGGGCGCCGGGGAGAGAGACGGCUGACUACUCAUUUCAGACUACUCCUGUAAAUUGCUCCUGUUUGCUCCUGUUACUCCGGUCACCCUGUUACUCCUGUAUUCCCUGGCCCAGUCGCGUGGGCUCUGGGUACGGGAUGGACUUUUUCUCGUCCCAGUCUCCUUUACCCUAACAGGCAAGAUGGCCGACGAGUUUCUUCGUUACGUCGUUACAGCACAUUUUAGGACAUGUUUGUAGGUUUUUUGUUCAAGAACGCAUUAAGGAACACUCACCGUAAGAAGGGUCAUCGAUGCUUUUAAUUUACUGAUUUAUGCAGAGUGAAUUAUCCCAGAAUCUUCCCAUGCUGUGGUCGCUUCUUCGAGUUGCUUCCCGGUCUCAAAGGACUCUCUAUCAGAACUCUUUUCUUCGGCUUCAGAAUGCGAGAUUUUCAUGGAGUUCAAGUUCACGAUAUGUUUACAAUUCAUCGCGGAUUUUGCAGUUCGGUCUUCAACAAAGAACGAUUUUUUCCAGAUGCUUUAAGCAUCUCAAUAAAGCGAGUAGUACUUUGUAUGGAGCCAAGCUACCUCUGAUAACACUUGACUCAAGUUUGGUGCACUACGAAACACGGCGUUUUGUAGGGACACGUGCAGGUUAUAAGAGUUCGCUUGCUUUUAAUACACGGAACAGUACAACAGCUAUAUAUGUGAUUGCAUUGGUAAUAACAGUGGUGGGACUCUCGUACCUUGCUGUUCCUCUUUAUCGCCUCUUUUGCCAGGUAAGUUAUGUAAUAAUUAGCAAUUAUUGGAAGAGGUUGAGCAAAAUAUCGUGAUUUGUCAGUGGCGCGCCGAUCAAUAAUAUUUGCCGAAGUCGAAGGCUGAGGCAAAUAAUUGAUCUGCAAAAAUCAAACCUUGGGUAGAGCUAUCCACUGGAUAAAUCCCUAUCCAGCAGAUAAUUAUUAGGAAACCAAUAAUUGCGUGAUCCACUGGGUAGAGGUUUAUCCAGUGGAUAGAGUUAUCCACCUUUUAAAAAACUUGGGCCUGGUGGAAAUUUUCUGGGAGGUGGUUUUUAAUUGAUUGGUUGGUCUGGCCUGACUGAAAAUUACCGUUUCAUGUCCAAAAAUUAUAUUCUUGCUUCUAGUCCCACUGAGAAGUAAUCAAAAGUUUAGUCAAAACUUAAAUGGAAUGCUUCAGUCCGGUUGGAAAAUUUGUUUUAACUGAAUAUGUCAUCCCAUUUUCUCCUGAAUUGACCAGUAAGGUAAGGUAAGGUAAGGUAAAUAUUUAAAGAGGAUAAACACAUGACAGUUAUGAAAAAACUGAUAAACUUGUGGCCCUCUAGAAAACAUAAAAACAAAAUUAAUAUUUAAAUAAUUUUACAUCGUCACUAUAAAAAGAUAAAAAUUAACAUUAAUUAAUAGAUGAAGAUAUUCUUCUUCUGUAUGUGUAGGCAACAGGAUUAGGUGGAACUGUAAAGAGAGAAGAGGCAGGAGAGAAGAUCGAACAAAUGGAGAGAAUACCUGAAAGAGAGCUGCUUAUCAGGUUUAAUGCUGAUAAGAGUGGUGCAAUGCGCUGGAACUUUAGGCCUCAACAGACUGCUGUCAAGGUGAGUUGUGGACGUAGGCAUCCAAUAAUUUAAUAUUAAAUCAGUUAUUUAUUACUAAAAAGCAAUUUUAUGCAGGCUAUCUGGUUUGCUCAAUGUCUUUGUUAAUAUUAUUUGGGUGAUUUUUUUUUUCUUAAAUCCCUUCUUCCUUUUGUCAUAAGUAAUAAUAUCAGCUGUUUUCUUCUUUCUUUAUUUGAAAAUAUUAGUUUUCUAGUGUUUUCUCUGCUCCCAGGAAAUGUAUAAAUUUUUUCUCACUUUUUGACACGUACUCAACUGUCGCUGUUGCCGUUUGACUCUCAUUAAUCUGGAGGAGUUCCCAGGUUGGCUAUUAUUUACUUGAUCUCACUGAAUGAUAUUUCUUGCAGGUUGCCCCAGGAGAGACAGCCCUUGCUUUUUACACUGCUACAAAUCCAACUGAUGAGCCAAUAACUGGUGUCUCUACAUACAAUGUGGUUCCUUUUGAGGCUGGGCAAUAUUUCAACAAAAUCCAAGUAAGACAUUUUAUGUUAUCGUGUUUAAGUUGAUUUUUGUGAAUAAUGAUAAUAAUAGUAAUCAUCAUCAUCAUCAUUAUCAACACUAUCGUAAUAAUAAUAAUUAUUAUAGUUAUCAUCAUUUUAAAAGAAUGUACCAGUAGAUAUUUUAUGGGUCAAAUUUGAUUUCAGGUUAAUUUUGAUGUGAUCAUUUCACCAAGGUUGAUUCUUGAUUUCCUUUGUCUCCUAGCCCUAAUGCAUGAAUAAAUAAGGCUAGGAAGCAAAGGAAAUGGAGAUUCAACCUAGGUUAAAUAAUUUUAACCUGACCUGUAACAGGUAUAUUUGCCUUUUAUGAUCUUUUUGGUGAUUAAGUGAGACCUUUUCUGUGAUGAAGCAUCUCAAUAUUAACUUUGGUUUUAAUAGUUAAAACCUGCUACUCAUGAAUGUGUUCUUAUGUUCACAGUGUUUUUGCUUCGAAGAACAGAGGCUUAAUCCGCAUGAACAGGUACAUUGUACAGUUGUAAAACAAAACUUUUCUCUUGCAAUGCAGGGCUUUAGAAAGACUUUGAGAAAAGACAGGUCAAUUUAUUGUUGCAAGUAGCAAAGGCAUGAAGGCAGUUGGUCUAGGAGUAUGCCACCACAAUGAAACACAUAUAUGUACAACUUUGAAAACGAAAAUCACUUGUCUUCCCAACUAUUACGCUACAGCCCUUGCAUGCCAUUUUAACCCUUACAGUCAAACCAGGUCAAGCGUACCCCCCAAAAAUCCCUUAAUGAAUUUAUUAUUCAAAAGUUGAAUCCGUUGCUAGUUGUAGAUUUCAGAUUGAUCUCUGCAUUCUUGUAUGUGUAAUGAGCCAUGAAUUCACAUGUGAGGCAGCUAUGAAAUUUCUACCACCUCCAUUUUCCUGAAAUUGAUGUAAAUGUCUUCUAAGAAGCUUAAUCCAUUCAAAGAUUUCCAAUCUGACCAAAUACAGAGAAGUGCUCAUAAAAUAUUCACUGCUCAUUAUGCAUGCAGAAAUGCCGCUUUGAAUUUGACACCAGUUACGGGAACGAAUAACGGAUUCAUUUUUCAAAUAAUCAAUUCACUGAUAGAAUCUUGGGGGGUAUGCUUGACUUGGUUUGACUGUAAACCAUUUUCCACUGGAGAACAGACCUUUUUUGGGUGAUCAUUACCAGUGAUUUUGUUACAAAAAGUUAUGGUGAGUCCUGGGACUGAUCUUGUAAAAAAUCAAGAGUCCCAGUCAACAACAUGCUCAUGGCCUAUAUGUAACCAGACAGUCAAUAUGAAGACUGACUCCAAAACUCCGUAUCGCAGCAUACUGAAAUUAAAAUAUAGUCCUUCUACUAUAUUUUAAGGCACAACAAUAGUAAACAACAUCCAUACUAACUGCCACAGAAAUUGCACAAAUAGGAUAUUCGAAACACAAGCAAACCAGAAUCUAACUUUAAGCCAGAUUGGUGAGCUGGUCUUGCUUUUCUUAAUCAUCACUGCCUAAUGAAAUAUAAAGCUAAAGAGGAUAAAAGUAACGCAGUGAUUUUGUUACCUCUGCAUCCUGUGUCCCUGAUGCAUAAAAAUUCCGUAAGAUGCAAAAUAAUUAUUCAUGGCAUGCAUGGACCCUGCGUAGGACACAAAGAUCGAUCAAUUGAUCUGAAGAUGUCGAAAAUUUGUAUUUGGAUAUUGGGGCAUAAAGGGUUAAGCAAAAAUGAAUCAAAGAAUUUCCUAGCUAGACAAUUCCUCACCUACUAAUAAUAAUAUUGCCUGUAUCAGUUAAGUUGAAAUUAUAGUAACUUCCUUGCUUUAAAAGUGGUCCAGGAAUCGUAUUUUUUUCUUCAUUUUCUACUUGUCAUAUUCUUUGUUUCUCUUUUUUUUGUCUUGACAGGUUGACAUGCCUGUGUUUUUUUACAUUGACCCUGAAUUUACAGAGGACCCAGCUAUGGCCAAAGUGGACACCAUUACACUGUCAUACACCUUCUUUGAGGCUAAAGAAGCUGAGAAACUUGGUUUAUAGGAGCAUGAAUCUUCGGCACUUUGAGGAGUAUUUAUUUCUUCAUGGGCAGAGUUCAGUUGAUGUAUAGGCCCAGACACAUAGUUAAUCAUUGGGGUAAUAUCGCAUGAUACAGCUAAACUGCCUUGUGUGCCAACCUCUGAUAAUAUUCUGUGCAACAUUGCAGCAAAAGAGUCUUUGACUUUCCCUUGUCUACAAUUAUUAUCUUUCACAAUGAAAGCAAUGUUUUUCAAUGUUAACUAGCAAUUUAUUAAUUUCUCAUCAAAUGUAAGGCUGGCUCAAAAAAAAAAACGUAACAAUGACCGUUAGCCACUCAGCAAAUUUUAUACAUUAGGUUGUAUGUAAUGAUGCAAUACACCGUAGGAAAGUCAAAGGAAAUAAUUAUGCCCUGUGCAAUAUUACAGGUAUAUUGCAACCAUUGUGUUGGCCUUAAUGCCCCAGCUUAAUAAUGCAUAUAAAAAACCCAUCAUCUUACUGGCAUAUACAUGCCUUGUUUGUAAAGCAUUACAAAACAUGUGAACAAAGUAGUCUGGAACGACUACUUCUCUUUUACAACAACCAAACACUUCAAGUUCUUUAAACAGAAAGAAACCUUUGUCUUAUUCAUCUAAUCAGGGAACUUGAGAUUUACUUAAGAUAAUAUCCUAAUGUAAAGUCAUCCUGCAUCAAUAUUUUACGUCCAUUGAAUACAAUAUUAUGUGUGAUAUUGCUUUUUAGAAAAGCCUUUCAAGUCAGUACAGUGUUAAACUCCGUUGAUACGGACACUGGACACUGAGAAGGCCAUAGAAAGUGUCCGUAUUAACGGGGUUUCCGUAUUUAGCAGGUUGAAUUUAGAGAAAGUGUAAGGGCUUUCUUUCUCCAGGGACAAAGUGACUGGGAGAUAAUUGUGACAAAGUAAAGUCUGGUAAAAGAAUAAAGUUAGGUGGAGUUAAAAGAGAAAAGAAAUUCUUAAAAAUUGACCUCUGCGCGUCUAGCAUUUGUAUUUUCGUUUUUUAUGAAAACAGUCAAUAAGUAUGGCACAGAUCCGAAACGGAACAACUGGUAAUGUUUAUCUGUAUAAAGGAAUAUAUUUAAGUACAAAAUGACGUAUUUGUAUCCAAAGGUUGACGCUCUUCACACAAGACCAAAGGAGUAGUUCAAUCAUGUGACUGUUUUAUAGAAAUGAUGAUGGAGUGUUUCCGAGUCCUUCUCGU